GCUAGCUUCGCCGGUUUUGCCAUUUUUUGGCAAGGUUGGGCACAAGGGCCCCUUGGAGCCCCUGGUGCUGUUCAGCGGUCGCCACUCAAGCGCCUGAGCGGUACGGGAAUUGUACAGCAGUCCUCGCGCUCCCCAAAAAAAGGCGGCUUGGAUCCCAGUAGAAAAAGCGUCCCGCAAAAAUGCCGAUAGAGGACCUCGAAGCAAAGAUAAAGGCCGUGAUGGCGAAGUCCAAGACCGCCCUAGCGGCGCAGCCGGCGCCGGCGCCCGUGCGGGACGCCUUCGCCGCCGCGCCGCCGCCGCCCGUGGCCGCGGCUCCGGCGGCGCCACCCGAGCCCGAGCCCGCGGCGCUGUUAGAUGCGGUCUUCGGCGGCGACGGGGACGUGGCCGCGCCAACUCCGCCACCCGAACCGGCACCCGCGGCUUUGUUAGAUGCGGUCUUUGGGGGCGACGACGCCGCGGCGUUCGCGCCGCCCGCGCCGCCGAGCGUCGUGGAAGUGACGCCCGCGGCCUCGCCGACGCCCGCGCCGGCCAUUGAACAGCCGCCGCCGCCGCCUCCAACGUAUAGCCACGACCCCGAGGACCUCAAGCCGACGCCGCCCAUGCCGCCCAAACAACCCCUCGGCCGCGUCGUGGCCGACGACCCGCCACCUCCCGUAGUGGAACCCGUACCAGUACCGGAAAAGAGCAUCUACGAGCGCGCGAUCGCCGCGGCAGCGGCAUCUCCUAGAAGAAAGGCGCCGGAGCGCGGGAGACAACGGACGCGGGGAGCGACACCAAAACGAGCGCCGAGCCCCGCUCUGAGACACAAGGUCGACCCGGCAGCCCAGCGCUUGUACGACCGCGCCGCGGAGGUCCGACGGAAGCUCGAAGAAAAAAGAAAACAACGACCGCCGAAGUGCACGUUCCAGCCCAAGAUCGACGCCGUCUCGAAGAAGGUCGCGGCGGCGGCGGCGUCGAUGGCGCCUAGACAUGAGCGCUUACAUGGAGACGCGGAGAGACGCAGAGCGGCUUUAAGAGCAAGGAUCGAGACGCAACAACGCCGCGAGAAGCAGGCGCACACGCCGCGCAUGUUGACAAGGGGCAAGCCGACGAAGUGGAGCGCCAAAAAGCGCUCGGACGCGUUACAUGCGCACGCCGCGGCAAUUAGGGACCGCCUCGCCGCCCAACGAGCAAGGGAAGCGUCGCAGCCUAGAGGUUGUACCUUCACUCCUGUUACUACCUCAAGAGCGCGGUCUGCAAGUCCUGCGCGGCGCGGCGUCGACGCGUCUACCAGACUACACAACAAGGGCGCGGAGAUGCGCGCGAACCGCGUGAGAGAAAGGGACGCUGCUCGCAAGAGAGAGAUCGCGGGCUGCUCCUUCACGCCGCGCAUGGCUACCAGGGCGCGGUCGGCAAGUCCCGCGCCCCGCGGAAGAGACGUCGCGACGCGGGCGGCGACCUUCGAACGCGAACGGCAGCGACGCUUAAGAGAACUCCGAGCGAAGCGUGACGCUCUGGAGAGGAAGGACUGCUCCUUCCGGCCGCGCUUCCACACGCAACCGCAAGACGAUGAGUCCGUGAACACUAGUGAUACGCGAACGGUGGCACGAACGACGUCCAGACUGGCGGGAACGGACACGGCGGCUCGAAAAACCGCAUUUAGGGAAGCAAAACUCCGGGAGCAGCUCGCGCAACAUACGUUCAGCCCGCAGAUUCCCAGUAGUAGAAAAGUGAAGACCCCGAAGCGCGACGCGAGCCCGGCGCCGGCCCACGAGCGCUUGCACGCCGAGGGGAGGGAUCGCGAAGCGAAACGGCGGGACUUGCGGGAAGCGCAACGCGAGAAGGAGUUAGAAAGUUGCCCCUUUCGCCCGUCGAUGCCUCGACGGUUCUCAGAGUCCGACGAAAACGCCUGGGACCGACUGUUGGACGAUGGGAGGGAUAAAAAAGCCGUGUAUGAAGAAGUAAAAAGGCAGCAAGAGCUCGACGGGUGUACGUUUCAACCUACGACUGGAGACAAGUCACACCUACCUUUGCAGACUCAUGAUGUACCGGUCGAGGAGCGGUUACUAGCUACGGAGAAUCAAGUUUAUGCUCGUGUUUCACGUCGGGAGGCGAUGAAGCGCGACUUGGAGUUGGAGGGCUGCACUUUUCAGCCUGUGGUUGGUCGACCUCCUCGCUCGAGGGGCGAAUCCUGGGAGCACGAGUCCGUGGCUUCGUCGCACGUCGAGGACACGGUAUCUAGAUUGGAGGAGGACGUCUAUCGGCGUCGGGCUGCGUCGGUGGAGCGAAGGCGGUCUGCUAGAUUGUCUGCGGAGGCUGAAAGGAAAGCAAGAAGUGUACCCGUUUCGCCACGCGUCGAUCCCGCGCGUCUAGCAGCAUUAUCAAAAGCCAAGGGCGGCGUGAAUCCCGCGAGAAGGAAGGCCGACCUGCGGCGGCAGCGGGAGAUGAACGCGAGGCCGAAGGUCCUGGACCGACCGGCGCCGGACUUUGGGGCCCGCGGGACGCGCGUGACGACGCCGCGCGGCAACCGGGCGCCGUCGCCCCGUAGGACGCCGCGCCGCUCCCCGUCGCCGGGUGGUCGGCGCGCGCCGUCGCCAUCCAUGAGGCAACGCGCGCCGCCGCCGCCGCCGCCGCCUCCUGAAAGCUCGACGACGGCGAGCUCUUCCCUGGAAGAGGCGCCCUCUCAUAGAUCGGAGUUCGAGCGGUGGCAGAGCGAGAUGGAGGCGAAGCUCGCGGCGCUCUAGUUUUGCCUCCCGGACCCCCCUUAAACGUUUUGACCGUUAGUCU